UCAGAAUACACUUGAAAGAGGAACAACUGACACGAUGAGAAUCAAGAAGAAGGGAGUUUCUGGUAAUGCUAAGAACUUCAUCACGAGAACGCAAGCCGUGAAGAAAUUGCAAUUGUCGCUGGCUGAUUUCAGAAGACUGUGUAUCUUCAAGGGGAUCUAUCCAAGAGAGCCUCGUAACAAGAAGAAAGCCAACAAGGGUUCCACUGCACCAACAACUUUCUACUACUACAAGGACAUUCAAUACCUGUUGCACGAGCCUGUGCUACAAAAGUUUAGAGAGCAUAAGACCUUCUCCAAGAAGCUGAACAAGGCCCUCGGUAGGGGAGAGGUUGGUGAUGCAAAGAAGCUGGAGGAGAAUAGACCUCGUUAUAAGCUGGACCACGUCAUCAAGGAACGUUAUCCAACGUUUUUGGAUGCUUUGAGGGACAUUGAUGAUGCUCUCAAUAUGCUCUUCUUAUUCGCUAUAAUGCCUGCAACAGAUAGAGUCAGUGCUCGUGUCACAGAGGAUGCCAAUGCAAUCUGUAAUCAAUGGCUUGCGUACGUUUCACGUGAAAGGGCUCUGCGUAAAGUCUUCGUCUCCAUUAAGGGUAUCUACUACGAGGCUAACGUCAAGGGUGUCGAAGUGAGAUGGUUGGUUCCCUUCAAGUAUCCUCAAAACAUUCCAAGUGAUAUCGAUUUCAAGAUCAUGCUGACGUUCUUAGAAUUCUAUUCAACAUUGUUGCAUUUUGUCCUGUUCAAGUUGUACACCGAUGCUGGAUUGGUGUAUCCACCAAGACUGGACCAGAAGAAGUUGAAAGGUGUUGGUGGGUUGAGUGCCUACAUCUUGGAAUCCGAGGAGGCUAAUGCUUUACAAUUAGCCAAUGAAGAUGAUGGACAGGAUGGUGUUCAACUCGAUCAAAAGUUCUUGAAGGCUGCUUUGAAAGCUGAUGAAGAAGAAGCCAAAGAGGAGGAACAGGCAGAGGAAGAAGAAGAUGCUGAAAAUGGCGAGGAAGAAGAAGACGUGGACCAGAUCACCCUUGAUGAGUUCCUCGACAACAACAAGAACACAGGUGAUUUGUUACAACAACCUUCUAAGUUUGACAACCCAGUAUCACAUCUGUUUGAAAAAUUUAUCUUCUUUGUUGGCCGUGAAGUUCCAUUGGACGUUAUCGAGUUCUUAGUCUUGUCCUGUGGUGGUAAAGUCAUCUCUGAGGUUGCCAUCGAUGAGCUUAGAAUGAACAACGAGGACGUUUCUGCCUUGCCAUUGGAUAAGAUCACUCAUCAAAUCGUGGAUAGACCAAAGGUCAACGGUAAAGUUCAAGGAAGAACCUAUGUUCAACCACAAUGGAUCUUUGACUGCGUCAACAAACAGGAGUUACUGGCUGUUAACGAUUAUCUCCCAGGAGAGACUUUACCUCCACAUCUCUCACCAUGGGGUGAUGCUGCAGGUUAUAACCCAGAGGAGAAGCUGAUCGAUGUUGAGGAUGAGGAGUCUUCAGGAGAAGAAGAAGUGAUUGAUGUCGAUGAGGCUGAAUCAGAUGAAGAGGAGGCCGAAGACGAUGAGGAAGAUGAAGACGAAGAUCUCAAGGCACAGAAGGAAUUGGAGCUGGAGGUUAAGGGAGUCAAGUUCUCUGAUUCGAAGGACGCUGCACCAUCUGAACCAAAGGCCAAGAAGAGAAAGACGGCCACCAAAUCUGCAGAGGAAGAAGAGAAGGAGUUGAAGAUGAUCAUGAUGACCAACAAGCAGAAGAAGCUCUACAAGAAGAUGCAGUACUCCAAUGAGCAAAAGGAGAACAGACAAGAGCAACUGAGACAAAAGAGAAGAAAGAUUGAAAAGACCAAGGAGAAGUUGGGUAAGUUAAACGCAAAGAAAUGA